CUCCCCCUGCCCUAAGCGUUCGGUGGCUCAUCCGCUGCAUCCGGCAACUUACUUCGCAGAUCGCUGUAUUGAGGCUGUUCAACUUUCAAGUUUUUGCAUUGCUAAUAAGAGAAUCUUGUCGGAGCACCAUCUUUCUUCAUCAACGUUAAAUGCUCCUUCUCUGACAAGUUCAGGCUGGUUUAUUCAUGGCCGUAAGAUGCCUAAGACUAUUAAAGCAAAGACAUCUAUCUCUAUGCGCCUUAAUGGAAAUAGCACGAGAAUUCCGGGUUAUGAGGAAAAUACUGUUUUAAAAUUCAAAGGUUCUUCAGAGAAAUUUGGGGAUGAUGAUAUGAAGCCAUAUUCAACUCUAAAAUCGAGUGAUGAAAAAAUAGGAGCAGAUCUGGAUGUACUUCAAGAUAGUGUUGUUGAACAAAAGGGUUAUGCAAAAAUACACGAUUUUUGCUUAGGAAUCCCCUAUGGUGGUCUGUUGUUUGGUGGCGGGCUUUUUGGUUUUCUUUUCUCCAGAAACCCAGUUAGCCUAACUACAAGCAUGCUAGGGGCUGGUAUAAUAGUCUUGGCAGCCAUUAGCCUGAAGGUCUGGAGAAAAGGACUGUCCAGCUUACCAUUCAUGUUAGGACAAGCAGCCAUUGCUGCUACUCUUCUUGUGAAGAAUUUCCAGUCUUAUUCCUUGACAAAGAAUCUCUUCCCUUCUGGGCUUUAUAUUUCUAUGAGUGCUGCAAUGCUUUGCUUCUAUUUUUAUGUGGUAAUCUCCGGAGGAAACCCUCCACCAAAGAGGAAGCUCGCAGAUGCGCAGUCCCGUUAGUCCCAAAUUCUUCUUCUUCCCUGUUUUUCACCUGAGAUCUCUCUUUUUUCUUAAUACCUUAAAUUGCUAUUACUUUGCAUUAUUCUUAAUAUCAAAAAAGAAAAAAGAAAAAUGUUGCAGUAUCAUUAUAGAGCGAUUCCAGUCAAGUAAAAUAACUUUGUAACGAAGAUUCUCUAAUAGUUACUAAGUAUGGGAAUGUAUAAACUAAUAUAAGGGGAAAUAAAGUAGUUUAUUCAAGUUACACUAUUUCAAUCAUCAUCAUAUAUAGUCUGCUCGUAGCUUGUGCAAAGCUUGUUUACUAAUUUCCCAAAUGAAUUAUUUGUGAAGAUCUCCAUUGAACAGAGUUUAUGAAAUCUCUGAAGCCUGGCGUUCUUCAAACUGCGCUAGAUUCACUGAUUUCUUUGUACAUUACUAUCAAUUUAUGAUGAUAGAGGUCUUGU